GUUCCUGGGGGAAUGGGCGGAGAGUUGGCCGUAAAUCCUGCAGUAGAGCACGGAGCGAGUUGGAAACGUGUGGCUUCCCCCCAAACAUCCAAGAGGCUCUUGGGAGUUUGAAACUAAGAGAAGUUUCGAGCAAGGCUGAAGUCACUUGGAAAUGACCGUGAAUCCGUUGCCGGGGUGAUCUAGGCGUCAUUCAGUCUUUCCUCGUGGGAUCGAGCGCUUACGUCUACCGGAGCUUUGCGGAGGUCCGAUAUGGCAGACCGGCGGAGCGGCGUGAUCGGACAGCCAGAUCAAGGCAGGACAACAGCGGCCCGAGCGGCUGCUAUAGCCGAACUUUUGCUUUUGGAGGUCUCCAACCUACUGGAACUUUACAGCAAGAGGGAGAGCCUCAGCGCAGAUGUCAUCGAGGAUAGUCGUUUGGUGUCCGUCCCUCCUCCUUCCUCCCAGCUGGACACCCCGGACAAGCUGUGGCGCUUGCACACGGCCCUGCUCCAGUGUCGAGGCUUGAUGGAGCGAGCUAUCGCCAAAGAGGAUGAGGAGAUGGGCAAUGGGACAGGGGAGUAUGAAACCCUGAGGAAAAUGGUGAAGGAGAGGCUAUGGUUUCUCAUAAACAUCACUGGAGAACUUGUUAAAGCUGUGGGGGGUCCGGCGGUGGUGACCCCGAGUUUGAAUGACAGCUUGGAGCCGGACAACCUGAGCGUUUUUGAGCUGAAGCUGUGGGUCUUCCGCGUCUUCACAGAAGUGGACUACUGGGCCAAGACAGCCGUCGCCAUCUUGCAAGCUCUCCCCAAAGAGCGAGUGAGGAACACUCGCUACAGGAGUACCAGAAGCUCUCGCAGAUGAGGUAGUAUCGUAGCGAGAAUGGUUCCACACAGAUGAGAAUUAUGUGAAGAUGAGAGUGGGGGGUUCAGUUCAUUUUGGUAUCUGUAUAUUUUUGCACAUUUCUUUUUUUCAAGGUUUCCAAAAUGCUCAAACCAAAUAAUAUGGAUUACAAUGCCUCUUCCAAGUCAGUGUGACCCUAUUGAGGAUGAGUGCUAUAGAAAAUGGAUGAUUGGAUCUUGUUUAUGGAUACACAGCACAGUGUUGUGUUUUAUCUUUGUUUAAUCCAUGGGCGGAUUACACACACACUCUCGCUGCUACGAUGUCAUGUUAUCUAUGAACCUAACAUUUAGGUGGGCAAACUAUGGGCCACAUAUAGCUAGCUCCAUUCUUAAAUCCAGCCCAUCCAACAUUUCCAUUAUCAAGAGUCCAGUCAUAGUUGUUGUUAGCUGUUGUUUUUUCCCCUCUAAAAUGAGUUUGUUAAAAUAUAUUUAUUCAUUAUUUAAUUUAUUUUAUAUUCAUUUAUCUCAUUAAGAAAUUGGUUAGCAGUAAUUAUAUAUACCUAUAUUCAUGUACACGUUAUUUUGUGAAAUACUGCUUUACCUGGUUAAUUGAUUAGAAUUUAAAAGAGAGAUAAUUAUCUUAUUGUUUAAGUAUAUAUAUAUAUUUUUUUGAUACUGGUUAAUUUUUUAAGUCACCUUUUAGUGACCUGGCCCAUUUGUCUGUUACAGUAAAAAAAAGAAAAAGCGUGGCCCUUUGAUUGAAGAUCUUAUCCAUCCUUAUCACUGUGAUGUAAAAUGCAAGCCUAAUCAGGAUUUAACAAGCGCAACUGUAUCUUGGUGUGCCCAACUGAACUGAUGGGGGAAACAUCAAUUCAUAAUAUGGUAUCAGGUUGAAAAACAAGUGAAAAGAUAUCAAGCUGGAGAGCUAUUCUUUCUUUAGAACUUUCUUUCUUUCUGUGUCAAGGGACACAUUUUGAGACGAAAUACAGCAAGUUAUGUCUAGACUGCAAUGCGACUAGUGUUGAACACUGGCUAUAAAUCAUUCCAAACACAUUAGCAUCUUGGGACGACAUAAAACAUAGCACAGAGGGAAUUCGAGUAACAGCACCCUCUAGUGUUUAUUGCUUGGAAUUACAUUGAAUCGUUUCUGCUUGAGCUCACACUUGGUUAUUUCCAAACACACCUCCAUGGAGCCCGAAGCUAAAUUUGAAAGGGUCCUCUAUUACUAUCAAUACUAUUGACUCAUUGAUUAAUAACUAUUGAAAUUAAGUAUCAUAGAUUAACAAAAAUAAAUAAAAUACAGUACAAAACAAGUGGACUGGGCUUGAUUUACAUUCCAGGUGAGAAAGUAUUAUCAAAUUCAGCAGUUCUCAGAACCACCUUGGAAAAAAAUACGAUGCUUUCCAAGUAUCACCAUCAUGACCAUUAAAGUAUGGUUGACAAGUGUCAAAAUGAAAACGUUAUUCUAGUCUGAUUAAUAAUACUAUGGCUUAUUUUCAUAGAAUGGAGAACAGGUAAUGUUUUACAGCCUUAGAACUACACGGAUCCAAACAUUUUGAAUUGUUCUUUCUUGGAGGUGACUAAUGUCAACACGCUUGGGCCAAUGAUGACUUUGUAUUACUGAAGCUGUGUGGCACACAGAUAGAGGUCUGCAUGCAGCCUCAGAGCCCAUGUGCCAGCAUGGCUACAUUGUUUUCCUUUUUCACGUAUUGUAGCUUUGUCUGCUCUGCUGACUUCACUGUAUUAAGAAAAUGUUAUUUUGUGUCUGUAUGCAUUUUCUUGAUGUUCUGGUGCAGUUACUGUUGUGUUUACUCUCUGAAUGUAGUUUCGUACACUGCCUGGUUUCCUUUUCUUAUUGUAUGGAACGAAUUAAACUCACUAAGGCUAUCCGUCUUCACAGAGAUUACAUUGGCUUUAAUUGGAAUAUUACAUUUUGAUGUUUUCACUGAGAAAUUUUCAUGUGACUGCACAGACUAUACAGAGAAAUAUCUAAAAACAAAAUUACCAUACACAACAUAUAGCCGAAAAAAUCCACACAUUGUUAGAUGACUACUUGAGUUGAAACCAAGCAUUAUCUUUUUCACGACACAGAUCAUGAUGUGUUCAUCCAAGACAGAUGAUCAAAACAUAAAGGGAUUGUCACAUUGUAAAGACUGUUAUGAUCAUUAAAUGUUUGAUUAAUGUCGUUUAUUCACAUGGUUGCCUGAAAAAGAAAUUAUUUAUAAAUGCCGGUCUGUGACAUCACCCUCCAUUUUUUAAGUUUAAUGGUCAAGAAAUGAUAAUCCCACUCCUGCACUUGAGUGAUAAAACUCCAGUGGUUCCAAAGUGUGAUAUUUAAUAUCAAUGUAUUCAGAUAGCAAAUUGUCAACGUCAUGACAAAUAAUAUGAAUUGGGGAUGGGUGUAGACACCCAUUCAUUGAUCAUCAGAGUAAAUUUUGCUGCUUAACUCAUAUUCUACAAACGUAAUAUUAUUCAGAAUGCCGUGUUUAGUGGGGGCAGGUACAACAUAUUAUUGUAAAGAACACUAAUGUUGACGCCCCCUUUAAUAGUUUAGCGCAGAUGUAUUCGCUACUGAGAGACAUUCGAGUUGGCCUUUAUAGCAUUGCUGAAACAAACAAACAAACAAACAAACAAACCCAAAUAUUAAUUUGAUGGGGAGCCUUUUGCACAGUACGUCCGAUGGCAGGUUAGGGUUUGAAUGCAAAUGUUUGGUAUUGUUUGAAAUUGUAUUUAUUAUUGAUUGGAUAUGUAUGGGUUGAAAUAAAUAGAUCCCUCUCAUUAA